AUGUCUCCUCAAGCGCCGGUAAAGAUUAUCCUCGGCACUCAUACGGUUGGAGAUACCGCCAAGAUGCCUGGGAUUGUACACUUUGAUUAUGAAAAUGAUGUCAAAGGCCUUCUGGACGCCUUCUACAGCCGCGGCCAUAGAGAAAUCGAUACGGCCAGUAACUAUCCUGGCUCUGAGGCACACCUCGGUCAGGUCGGGGCUGUAGGUCCUUUCACAAUACAUACGAAAGUCCGUGGUUGGGGAUCCGGAGACUUUGAACCUUCAAAGAUUCAGUUGAGCAUCGAGAAAUCUCUCCAAGAUCUUAGAACUCCAACUGUAGAGACCAUGUUUCUACAUGUACCCGAUCGCCAGACGCCGUUUGAGGAUACAGCAAAGGCAAUGAAUGACGCUUGUCACCAAGGAAAAUUCAAGAAAUGGGGAUUUUCCAACUACACUGCCGCUGAGGUGGAGAAGUUCAUUGAGGUUUGCGACGAGAAAGGCUAUGCCAAACCGAGCGUGUAUGAGGGACAUUACAAUGCGAUUGUGAGAGGAGGCGAGAAGGAACUAUUCCCGCUCUUGCGUAAACACAAUAUGGCUUUCUUUGCCUUCAGCCCUGCGGCGGGUGGUCUUUUCUCAGAUAAAUCCAGCACCACGGCACGGUGGAGUAAGGAUAACCCCGUCGGGAAUUUGUAUAGCACAGUUUAUGGUCAACCCUCCAUUCAAGCUUCAGUAGCUACCGUUCGAAAUUCUGCAGCGAACCAUGGUAUUAGCGGACAUGCAGCUGCAAUGCGAUGGACGGCGUUUCAUAGCAUUCUGGAUGGAAAAUAUGGAGAUGCGAUAAUAUUUGCGGUAUCGAACAUGGGGCAGCUCUAUGACGCCCUUGAUGCGCUAGAGAUGGGCCCUCUUCCCACUGAUCUUGCAGAGGCUAUCACUGCUGUUUAUGCUACUGUUGAGGGUUUGGAGCCAGCUUACCAUCUGUGA